GCCACACCUUUUGUAGCUGGAAACAGGAGAGUCAUCUCCUACCGGCAAUCUCUACAGCUCCACUUUCUUCUCUUCUCUAUUGCAGGUCUAGGUUCAAGAGGAGGAACAAGAUGUGAUUCUUCACCCUCAUGUAGAACGCGGUCCAGUCAUCCCGGCGAUGAACCCGUGUUUCUUCAUUGGCGCCCACCGAUAUGAAUUCUAAACCCAACAAGAGUCACAACUCGGUUUCUUCUCUACCCGACCUUCCAGAUCUGCUUUCCUGAGUUUUACAAACGGUUCUCGGUCAAAAACUUCAGGUUUGAGUUUUCUUAUUCCUAGAUCUGAUACUUCUAUGGUUUGAGAAACACAUCUUGUGGUUCUUCUCUUCCCAAAGCUCUAGAUACGUGUUCUUGAGAAAUUCGUCCUCAAAUUUUGUUUCAGAUCUGAAAUUUUUAAUUUGUAAAAAAAAAAGAGAGGGGUGUCAAAUUUGGAUCUGAAACUCAAGUUUCUCUUUUGUGAUAAAGACACAGAUCCGAUGGGAUGAUGUUUUCUUGUUUAUCAUACAACUUGAGAUGAGAUCUGUCCAUCCUAUCAUGUUAAUGCUAAUCAUAUUUUACAUUAUCUUUCUCUGAUAUGGUAAAAGUGAGUUUACAGAUGGUAAAGCAUAAUGUACAAGUGGGAGUUGCACAAUCCCCUUUUAUUGCUUGCCUCAAACCACUACAUCGUGCAUGAUAUCAAAUUAUAAUUAUAUAUGGUACAAGUUAUGAUGCGUGGUGUACCUCCAACCUAAAAGUACAAGUUAUUUUGCAUAAUGUAUAAGCAUAUUGUGCAUGGGCUAAUCAAAAUAUCUCACAAUGGAUGUAUAUAGCUGUAUUAAAUUUUUUUUUAGAAAGUGUGUACAGUUGUCAAGUUACAAAUCAAGUUGCACAAAGUAUAAACCCUAGAUGCAUGCACUUCCAUUUGGGGGGACACAUACUGACAAGACAGAAAGAGGUGUACUGGACAUCCCCUAUUUUGUCGCCAUGUCCUAUUUACACCCAUCUUGCUGAUCUCCAUAAUUUACCCGCUAUAAUUGGAGUCCGGUCACGCUACCACCACCGGCCAUCAAAGGAAGACAUCUCUUCCACGACGUCGCGCGUCAACCAACCACUGGCCACCCCGCAUCAACUGUGUUGCGUACCUCGUCCACCCUGCGCACAAUGAAGUGUUUUUCUCCUACACGUGAUGCAAGUAAGCUUCAAACACCCGGCAAAAACCAUGUCCCGCGCAACCAACUGCCAUCUAUGGCAUGAACCACAUCGCGCGCAACAAUCAGCCUGCCAUCUCCUGCAUCAAACACGUCGCGCACAUCAAACCCGACUGUCAUCUACAGCAUUAAUCAUGUCGCGCGCAACAAAUCACAUGUCAUCUACAUCAUCAAUCAUGACGUGUGCAACAACGAUGAACUAGUUUUCUCCAACAUGUAACGCAAGUGAGCUUCAAACAAGGUAAUGGGCAAUGGAAUUGAGGAUGAAGAUAAGACCCCACCGUCAGCUAGAUCUCGAUUACCAGGAGUAACGGUUGGAGUAGCUCCCUCUUUUAGAAGUGCUGAACGUGCUGAGAAACGUAAGGAGUUCCAUAUGAAGCUAGAGCAAAAGAACCAAGCUUUGGAAGCAGAGAAGAUGGAAUGCCAAAUGAGGGCCAUGGAAGAGGAAGAAGCAGCUAUAAAGGAGCUCCGAAAGGGCAUGGUUGUAAAAGCACAUACUGUUCCAAGUUUUUACUAUGAAGAACCUCCACCCAAGUUUGAACCUAAAAAGAUGCCUGUGACCCGUGCCAAAUCACCCAACUUAACCCGGGGAAGGAGCUGCAAUGGUACACGCCAUUUAUCCAUGGAUGGCAGGGGCCCGUCUUCACGGGCUACACCUCUCAAGGGACGGCGUAGUAUUACUCCAAAUCCCAAGAGGAAUAAGUAAUCACAAAGUAAGAAUUGCCCAAAACGGGCCGACGAGGCUCGACCAUAAACUAUAUCUUGUAACUCAACCGCGAACAGCAAUACAAAUGUUGUUGUUAACUCAUGAAUUUAGUCUUUAGUUUUGUUGUACUUCCAUUAGAAGUAGUUGUGUACAGAGUUUUCAACUUUUGAUUAUAAGUUCAUGUACGUUGCAUA